AAAACUAAAACCUCAAAAAGGGUGUUGGAAGUUUCAUUUUUCUACUAUGCUCCCUUUGUUUGUACACAAGGAAACUUCCUCUUUGGUUUUUUCAUACCAUUGUCUUAUAAAUAUUUUUUAGUUUACUUAAUACCAAUCAAGACUGAUAAAAAAAUAACAGAUUAGUUGAUUAGUUUUAAACAAAAUGAGCUACUGCCCCGGUUUAUACUUUGACAUUGGCAAGAAAGCUAGAGAUGUUCUCUACAAGGAUUUUUCUCACCAACCGAAAACUAAUGAAACAAACUACCAAGGCUGCGAUUGGAGCUUUGAUAUCUCUUGUAAAAUUCAAGAUAUUAUCCCUGGACUAAGUGCCCUUGUUGGACUUGUAAUACCCCAUUCUGGCAAGGUUGAGCUGCAAUACAUGCAAGACUACUUUGGGGUAACUGGUGGCAUUGGACUGAAAACAGAACCCAUUGGUGUAUUUAGCCCAAUACUGAAUUUCUCAGGUGUAGUGGGCACCAGUCUAUUCUCCUUUGGGACUGGCUUUUCUUUUGACUUGGGAACAAGAGAAUUUGACAAAUUCGACACUGGUUUGAGCUUCACCAAUGACUUGCUUAUUAGUUCCUUAACCUUGGACAAGCUUGACACUUUGAAAGCUUCUUGUUACUACACAGUGAACCCGCUCACGAAGACAGCCAUUGCAGCAGAGCUUAAGCAUAGUUUUUCAACGAGUGACACAUCUUUUGCUGUUGGGGCUCAGCAUGCUUUGAUGCCCUUGACAGUGUUAAAAGCAAAGGUAGACACACAUGGAAAGGUUGCUGCUAUGAUUCAGCAAGGGUUGUGGGACAAGUUGUUUCUAAGUAUAGGUGGAAAAAUAGAUUUUAUGGACCAAAGGAGGAUUCCUAAUAUUGGACUUUCUAUGGCUAUCAAAGUCUGAAACAUGAAUAAUAUUCCUUUAUUCAUUGCUGGUACAGUUCUCUGUCUUGAAGCCUGUGUAUAAGGUUAUAAGUGAGAGCAAUAAGUUUUGCAGUAUUUGAUAAAGGUUAAAAACAGUGUGCCUAAUUCUCAACUUUAGUUAUUAUUAAUAUACAUAGAGAAAGAUAAUAAGAAUUUCUCAGUCCCUAGGGGUCUUUUCACAAGGCUUUCUACAACUCAAACUGGUAGGUUAUACUGAUUUACUUCAAGAACAAUUUGCUUGUGUACUUUGUCAUAACAUAUUUGUGUUACAUAUAAUUUUCUCUUAAUAAAGGCAAUGGAUAACCACUGUUAAGCAAAAAA